AUGGAGAGGUAUAGAGCAAGAAUUGGUUUGGCACAGGCUGUGGUGAAUGUGUCAAACAAGAUUUGGGCUUUUAUUGAUGAAAAUUUUGAGGUUACUAUUUUAUAUAACAUGACUCAACAUCUGACUUUGAGAUUGAUGCACUCUGAAAUACAUGUUGAGCUCAUCCUUACACUAGUGUAUGCCAAAUGUGAUUGCACUGAAAGAAUAGAACUAUGGGAUACGUUGUAUGCAAUGGCAUCAGAUAUGACAGUACAUUGGCUAGUUGGAGGCGACUUUAAUGUGAUAUGGGAUGAGGAAGAGAAAUAUGGGCGCUUGCCAGUUUCUCUCAUUGAAGUAGAUGACUUCAGACACUGCAUCAAUACCUGCAACUUGACAGGCUUGGGUUUUAAAGGAAGCAUAUUUACAUGGUGUAAUGGAAGAUCAGAGGAGGAAUGCAUUUUUAAAAGAUUGGACAGAUGUUUUGGCAAUAAUGAAUUGCAACAUGCCUUUCCUGGAUUGGAGUUAACUCACCUAUCCAAAAUUGGGUCUGAUCAUUGCCCAAUGCUGCUAAAAUGUGAUAUAGAAACUACGCCAAUUAAGAAGUUAUUCAGAUUUCUUAACUUCUAG